AUGGGCGACCACUUUGUCUCGAGCAUCGCCGCGCGGCUAUACUCACACCCCCCGAGCCCGCAGACGAGAGCGCAGGUGAAUCCGACGCUGCUGGUGAGCUGGUGGGCGACUGGUUUUUCUCUUGCGAUCAUCCUGGUGCGCGUCUGCGGCCGAUACAUUCGAACCGAGCGGCUGUUUCCUGAAGACUGGGUGAUGGCGCUGAGCAUCAUACCGUUGCUCAUACGGAUGGGUUUUGCCCAUGUUGUCUUGAUAUUCGGCACCAACAACGCCUCGCAACGCUAUCACGAAUUUACUCUGGACGAUAUACAUCGCCGUGAGAUCGGGAGUCGCAUGGUUCUGGGCGCAAGAAUAUUCUACGCUGUCUUCAUCUGGACGGCCAAAUUCACGAUAGCCGAGUUCCUGGGACGGAUCACAGCGCAGAUAUGGCGGCGUUCGUUCCAAUAUGUCCUUCAGAUCAUCCGCUUCUUCCUUGCGGUUACGUUUAUCGCAGUCGUCAUUACGACUUUGACCGAGUGUCAGCCAUUCGAUCAUUACUGGCAGGUUGACCCUGAUCCGGGGCCCCAGUGUCGACAAGGCUUUGCGCAACUCAUCACCAUGGGGACCUGCAACGUUAUUACCGAUCUCCUGCUGGUCAUGUUCCCUAUACCCAUCAUCCAGCUCUCAGCCAUGCCUACGGGACGUAAGAUCUCGUUGACGCUGCUGUUCACCCUCCCGCUGGCCCUGGUAGCCAUCACCUGCUACCGCAUUCCAUCCGUGAUCUCCCACCGGGGAUCGCAGCAAUACCGCACCUUACUCGCUUCUCUCGAGAUUCUCGCAGCUGCCGCCGUCUCGAAUGCCAUCGUCAUAGGCUCCUUCGUCAGAGACCGAGGCCUGAAGAAGCAAAAGUUCAAGGCAGCCUCGUUUAGCGAAAGCCUUGAGCAAACAACCUCCCGCCGCGCCACCAUCACACACCAUCAUUGGGGAUCCGAUGCCGACCUGGUCAGCGACCUGGGAAUCCGACUGGACCCAAGCCUUCGACCGUUGAGCUAUCAGAAGAUCCGUCCUGCGCCAGUGGCCAUGCCGCACGCAGUGUUGCCCAAACGUGGAUCUGUUGAUCCCAACUGGCAAUUCCCAUCUGCGCAGCACACUGCCGAUGACGACCGUACGUCCACUACUGAUAGCUUGAGCGGCCUAAAGGUCCAUCCUUACGAGUAUAUAGAAACAAACGCCCGUCCUGCGGUCCGUAGAUCCAACAGCGGCACCCCUUCCAAAUACAUGUCCCUCUCCAAGGUAUCUCUGAACGAUGUCGGUGGCCUCCUCGACCAUCCCAAGCCUUCCGAUGAACCUCUCCCUCCCGCCGCUGCUCGCACCGCACCCAAUAUCUCUACGGACACCCAGGAACCCCGGACUCGAAACCACCUGUUCCGGACCGUUGCUGGAUUCCUCUCCUCUUCGAAUAAUGGAAGCUCACCCGCUGCUCAGCCUUCUCCGCCGACGAAUCCUGCCACGCGCGGAUUACCCAAUUUCUCGCGCCCGUCUCUCAAUACUGCCUAUCUAGUGAGUGGAGCACGGGUAGCCCCUGGCGAUAGAAGACCAUCUUCUCCUGCCAUAUCACCGAGCGAUACUCAACCCCGAAACGAAUCACCAGGCCAGCCCGGAGUCCCAGAACUCCAAGAUUUGGGCGGCCUUCUAAAUCGCGACCUCGAGAGUAAUAUGCGCUACUCGAGAUGA